GUCAUGCCCAUCACACUGUACUUCGACGGAGCUGCCCCCUCUUCGAGGAUAGCUCUGGCAGUAGCAAAGGCUGUUGGAGUAGACGUCAUAGUCAAAAAAAUAGACUUGGCUUCAAAGGAACACCUCAAGGAAGAUUAUCUCAAGUUAAAUCCACAACAUACGGUACCAACGCUUAUCGACAAUGAUUUCAUCCUUUGGGACAGCCAUGCAAUAGCAACGUACCUCGCUUCACAGUAUGGCAAAGACGAUUCCCUCUACCCAAAAGACCCAAAGAAGCGAGCGGUCGUCAUCCAGAGACUGUUUUUCAAUGAAGGAGUCCUGUAUUCUCGCCUAAGAGCUGUUGGCACUCCUUUAUACUUUGGGCUGAAAACUACAGUGGACAAGGACAAAAAGGACGCCCUGUAUGAGGCACUCGACUUUCUGGAGAAGUUCCUGGAGCGCACUGGCUGGGUGGCUGGAGACCACGCCACUAUCGCAGACAUCGCAUGCGCUGUAACCGCCUCCAGCAUAGAGGCUAUAGGAGCGGACCUGAGCGGCUUCCCGAAGACCCGGGACUGGCUGGGGCGCUGCAGGAAGGCCAUCCGCGGGUUCCGCGAGGCGGACGACGAGGGCGCCCGCUUCCUGGGGGAGACCAUCCGCGGCCGCAUGCAGCCGCGCCAGCUGGUCCGCUAG